AAACCGUUAAUAAGAGUAAGAAAUUAAGAGAAUUGAGAGUUUUCCCACAGCAGAGAGCAUGCAAGAAUAGCAAGAGAGAAUGGCAUAUCGUAAAAUAACAAACAAAUAUCGUAUUGUUGAAUUUUACUAGAUGUUUAGUUUGAGUUCGUGAAUCUUAACAAUAUGACGACGUAACGGACGGUCGCUGUUUCAAUUUUGUUUAAAAUAAAUAUAGAAAGAAAUAAUAAAAUAAAAAAACAAAAGUGAUUUCUAUAUUUUCGUGGUCGUUUAGUGCAAAAAAACAAAUAGCAAAACAAAAAUAACGUAAUAAUAAAUACUCACAAGUGAAUUUGUUUAAAUUAAUACAAUAAAGAAGCAAAGUUCAGAAAUAACAAAAAAAAUUCAGCAAGUGUUCUUUGGCUGAUUUAGCAUAAUUUUGUGUUUUUUUUUUGAUAAAGUUCAUAACAUUAACGGUUUAAAUGGUGUUAUCAGUUUUAGACUGAGAAUUCUUUUUUUUUUAAUUGUUAAUUUAUAUAUACAAUUAAAUAGUGCAAUUUUAUUUCGCUUUGUUUAUAUAUGGUGUUUUAGAGUGCCAAAAUAACGGUACUCUUGGUGUCUCUCUGCCUGACGACCGUUCGUUAAAGAGUGUAAAAUUUAAAUUGAAAUUUUAAAUCAAACAUCUAUAAAAUUGUAUGCGGCUGGAUACCGCAGUAAAAAUAAAGUGUAAACACAAAAAAAAUCUAAAUUUUAAUAUUCCAAGAAAAAAUAUAUAUAAAAGCAAUAUUUAAUAAUAAUCUAGUGAAAAAAAAUAGUCAGCUGGCAGAAAUAAUCCCUCGAUAAAAUUUAUUUACAAAAAUGUUCAUGUUCUUUAUUUGGGUUGCUUACUCCAUUUAAACACUAGCUGGUCUAGUCAUAAUAUAAAAACCUAAAAAACUACAAAAAAUAAUACACUACUGUGCUAUGAGUCUUUAGUUUUCAACAAGACUUCUUCAGCAUUAUUAAUACCCAAGGAUUUACAAACAAAUCACUUCAUUUAACCAACAACUAACACAACCAAGAAGCCAACUAUUCAACCUACUAUCCAACCGACCAACUCUCCAACAAGGAUUUCAAAAAAAGAAUAAAUAAAGAAGAAGAAAAAAGUCCUGCACGUUGUGCAUUUCAACUCUGACCAAUAGCAACAAGAAAACAAAAAACAUUGACCAAGAUUAAAAAUAAAUAUUAAAAAACUUUUUUCAUUAAAAUCAAAAAAACAAAAACUCGUUUAUCCAAAAAUAAAAGUGUUUAAAUUUAAGCUUAACAAGAAAAGGAAGUGUUUAACACCAACAACAACAAAAAUAUGGCUUCAUUACAACAAAAACGCCCCUCCAUAUCAAAUUGGUUCUCUUCUCUAAGAAGACAGCCAAAAAAUAAAAAAGCUUCCUCAUUAUAUGGCGUGGACAAACAAUAUCAACGUAGCUGUAUUGAUUUGCCUUCCAGUACAUUUUAUGUGGCUCCCAAAAAUGGCCAGGAUAAAUUUAUUUCCUCCAACACCAAUUCUCCCAUCAUCACUAACUCUACAGAUAAUUUGCUAGAAAAUGAGCGUAAAUCAAAAUCAAAUAUUUGUGCCAGAUGCUGCUGCUCGAUCUUGCCGCCAAAAUCGAGAUCUCUAACGCCCCCAUCUUCGCCCAACACUACCAGCAAUACCAUAACACCCGAUUCCAAUACACCCACAACGUGUUCGCCUACCCGAUCUCCUUCAAUGAAUCCCUAUAACAGCAUAGCUGCAUAUAAUAAUAUUACACCAACUGCCACUCCUUUAACGGAGGCACCCCCCUCGCCUUAUGAUAAUGUGCAACCUACCAUCACCUCGUCUACAGUUUAUGAAACUGAAAUAAGCAAGCAUGUGGAAAUGGUGCGUUUGGAAUCCUCAGAUUCUGGAAGUCUGGGUUUAUCAGAUAACCCCAUCACACCCACUACACCAAACACCCCGCCCGCCACUCAUGUCCUCAAAAAGACCACAGAAUUCCAACGCUCGCUGACCACCACCACCACAAAAACUCUCGUUAUGUCGCGACAAAUCGAGCUCAUACUCAAUGAAAAAGGUGAAAUCAUUGGCAAACGACCAAAAUCCCUAGAGAAAACCACACGUUCCAGCAGUUUGGGUUGUGUUUUAGACGAAUGCGAAGAAUUUAAUUCCUCAGUCCUACCUACCUCGCCGCUCAAUGAAUCGUCACCCUUGAUUUUGGACUCUAACGAUAUCAAAUUCAUCGAUGACUCGUCCACAUCUCAAAGCGAAAACGAACGCAAUUCUCAGCAAAGUUGUGCCCCACAAGAUACGGCAGAAAAGGAGAACUACUACUAUACAUUGCCUUCGAAAUUUAAGAAGACUCCGCGAUCGAAGAGCGUAUCAACGGCGGUGGUAUCACCGCUUAAUCUUAAGGCUGGCCUUAUGUUGAACAAUAAUGUGGGUAGUUUGUGCGAUGACUGUCGCAUUGUUAUCGAACGUAAUCGUAAUAAUCGCAAUAUUCACUAUACAAAUGCUCUGAUAACGAAUAGGCAAAUCAAAGAUGAAUUAUGCGAAGUGGUUUCCGAAAUGGAGGCACUCGAUGUGCCCGAAGACUGUAAACAUUCCAAUAAAGAUAAACAAAUGUCCAUUGGACGCAAGAAAUUUAAUAUGGAUCCCAAAAAAGGCAUCGGAUAUUUGGUCGAAAAUCGUUUAUUACGACAUGAUCCACAAGAUGUUGCACAUUUCCUGUACAAAGGUGAAGGCCUUAAUAAGACAGCAAUUGGUGAUUAUUUAGGUGAAAAUAAUGAUUUCAAUAAGGAUGUCCUAAAAGCCUUUGUGGCUUUACAUGAUUUUACAAAUCUAAUACUGGUACAAGCUUUAAGACAAUUUUUAUGGUCAUUUCGUUUGCCCGGUGAAGCUCAAAAGAUUGAUCGGAUGAUGGAAUGUUUUGCUCAGCGUUAUUGUCAAUUAAAUCCCGAUAUAUUCACCAACACCGAUACCUGUUAUGUUUUAAGUUUUGCCAUUAUUAUGUUGAACACAUCAUUGCAUAAUCCAUCGGUCAAGGACAAACCCACUGUUGAACAAUUCAUUUCCAUGAAUCGUGGCAUUAACAACGGCGGUGAUUUGCCUCGUACACUACUCGAAUCUCUAUACGAAUCGAUACGAACCGAACCAUUUAAAAUACCCCAGGACGAUGGCAACGAUUUAAUGCACACCUUCUUUAAUCCGGACAAAGAGGGUUGGCUUUGGAAACAGGGUGGCAGAUACAAAUCCUGGAAACGAAGAUGGUUUAUAUUAAACGACAAUUGUUUAUAUUAUUUCGAAUAUACAACGGAUAAGGAACCUAGAGGGAUAAUACCAUUAGAAAAUAUAUCGGUUCGCGAAAUUCAUGAUCGCAGUAAACCCAAUUGUUUUGAACUAUUUGCUACUGGUGGAGCAGAUAUUAUUAAAGCAUGUAAGACUGAUUCUGAGGGCAAGGUGGUUGAGGGCAAACAUACUGUCUAUCGUAUGUCGGCCGCUACCGAGGAGGAACAACAAGAAUGGAUAAAACGUUUAACACAAUCCAUUAGCCAUAAUCCUUUCUAUGAUAUUCUAGUACAAAGAAAGAAAAAAGCUUUAAGCAAAAGUUAGUAUUAGCUUUAAAGAACAUCAACAACAUCAUGCUACACAUUAAAACAUUUCUUUAUAAGCGAACAAAAA